AUGACUUCAGAGGUCACUUAUGCUGAAGUGAAGUUUAAUAAACCCAAGUCGUCAGGUACCGAAGCAGAGCCUCCUGCAGCUCCCAAAGAGACCAAACUUCACCAAAGUGGCCAUAGUUUUUCCAAGCUACUUCUUACCUCAUUGCUGAUACUUCUGCUACUAUUAGCAAUCUCAUUUUUGAUCGCUUUUAUCUUUUUUUUUCAAAAAUGUUCUUAUGUUCAUAAAGAAGAAAAGGCUAUAAGAGAACUCACUCACACAGAAUUGGAAUGUGUGAAAGAAAAUUCGACCCUAGAAGGGAAAGACUGGAGCUGCUGCCCAAAGAAUUGGGGGCCAUUUAGUUCUAACUGCUACUUUAUUCCUAAUGAAGCUAAUUCUUGGAAUGCAAGUGAGAAGGAAUGCUUGAGAAUGAACGCUCACCUGCUGGUGAUCAACACCAAAGCUGAGCAGGAUUUCGUCACCCAGAAACUGAAAACUGACUUUGCUUAUUAUGUGGGCCUGUCAGACAGGACGUUAACAACGGGAGAAAGACACUGGCAAUGGGUUGAUCAGACACCAUACAACGAAAGUGCCACAUUCUGGCAUGAAGGUGAACCCAACAAUCCUAAAGAGUGUUGAGUUAUGCUAAAUGCUCCUUCAAGAAAAUGGGGCUGGAAUGAUUGUUCUUGUAAUGAGUUUCACAAGUUUAUUUGCAAGAUGAUGAAGAU